AUGACGGGUUUCCAUGUGUUACUUCUCGUGGCGUUCUGCCUCGCCUCGGGGACCCUCGCAAAAAGGGGAUUCGGUCCAGGGGAGCAAAAAUGGGGAUACGUGAAAGUACGACCGAACGCGAACAUGUUCUGGUGGCUUUACUACACCACGGCAAAGGUUCCCUCGUUCUACAAUAAACCGUUGGUCAUCUGGCUGCAAGGUGGCCCGGGCGCGUCAUCCACUUCCUACGGAAAUUUCGAGGAACUUGGACCCCUCGACGUCGACUUGAGACCGAGAAAUUACACCUGGGUCAAAGACUACAAUGUCCUCUUCAUCGAUAAUCCAGUCGGCACUGGCUUCAGCUACACCACGGCCCCGAAUGCGUACACGACGACGAAUGCUCAGAUCGCCAACGAUCUUGUAGAGUGCAUGAAAGGCUUCCUGAAGGAAUUACCGAAAUUUGCGACUGUGCCCACUUACAUCACAACCGAGUCGUACGGCGGCAAAAUGGGCGCGGAAUUCGCUCUUGCUUGGUACAAGGCGCAAAAGGCGGGAACCAUAAAAAGCAACUUGAAAGGUGUCGCUCUCGGGGACGCUUGGAUCUCACCCAUUGAUUCCGUGAUGACGUGGGCGCCAUUCUUACUCGGCACGGGUAUGGUAGACACCGCUGGGUACAAAGAGAUCGACAAAUGGGCGCAGAUGACGAAGAAAUCUGUGAACGCCAGAAACUGGGAGACAGCCACCACCCUCUGGGGUUACACCGAGAGCGUGAUUUUAAAAGUCACCAAUAAUAUCGAUUUCUACAAUAUCCUGACGAAAAUGGUACCAGGAAAAUAUUCCUCGAAAGCGCUUUCGUCAGCGAACACCCUUGCAAAAGAAACUUCGAUCAGGUCUCAGGAUAUAUCUCUGAGGAGUUUGAUGAACGGUCCGGUGAAACAGGCGCUGAAAUUACCGGUGAAUCACGGCGAUCAAUCUAACAAUGUGUUCGACAAGUUGCAAGGGGAUUUCAUGAAACCCGUUAUCGAUAAAGUGGAGCUUCUGCUGAAUCAAACCGAUCUGAAGGUAGUGGUGCUUACUGGACACUUGGACCUCAUCGUAGACACUCCAGGCACAGUCCUCUGGGUGGAGAAGAUGAAGUGGAAAGACGCCGACGCUUGGACGAAGGCUGCCAGAACUCCUCUGGCCGUUGGUAACGUGAUCGAGGGCUACGCGAAAUCUUAUCGUAACUUCGCCAUGUACUGGGUCAACCGAGCUGGACACAUGGUCCCCAAGGACAAUCCCGCCGGAAUGGAGGAAAUUCUGAAGAAAUUAACGGGCUAAUACUCGAAACGGAAAGCGGCCG